AUGGGUCACCGUGAACUGGAAGCAGCCGGCUUCUCUCUGGUCUUGCUGGGCUGGCUAGUGGCCAUUAUCAGCUGUAGCCUGCCCUUGUGGCGUGUGAUGAAAGUUUCUGAAGAGACCAGCCUUUGGGAGGGCCUAUGGAACCUCUGUGAUGCGGAAAGACUCCGGAACGUGAGCUGCAUGCCCUACAACUCACUCCUGGUCAUGCCACAGGAGCUGCGGGGGUCUCGAGUUCUAGUGGUCAUCUGCAUCAUCAUCAUCUCGAUGGGUUUGCUGCUGUACAUGAUCAGAGAUAAGCUCAUCACAGAUGAGUCAAAUAUGAACAAUGAAGGAAAGAUCAAGAUGGCGGCAAGUGGGUUGUUCCUGGGGGCUGGUCUGCUGCUGCUGGUGUCUGUGUCCUGGGUUACACACAACGUCAUCAUUGGCAUGGACAACUCUACAAAGUUCCACCAGUGGAAACCAGAGAUGGGAGCCUCAGUCUACCUGGGCUGGCUCAGCUCCCUGCUGCUUCUCCUGGGAGGGGCCCUGCUGGGAGGGACACUGCAGUAG